GGUAGUUAAACAUCGUUUGUUGCAUUAACCAUGAGUUUCGCCGGUCCAAAAGAAGUCAUAGCAGAAGGAGAUACGGUCGUGCUGUAUCUAACACCCGCAUUGAUGCACACGAUCGACGCGGUGCCGCAGAUUCGCAACAAAAAGAACGAAAUGAUUGAGUACGUGUUUCAAACUAGUUUCGGUGCUUUAAAGGUGCGCGAUCUAAUCGGUGUCCGGUACGGUUCGCGCGUUCAGCUCACCAAGGGCUGGGCACAUGUCCUGCAACCGAACCCGGAACUCUGGACUCAAACGCUACCCCAUCGGACGCAGAUUCUCUACACGCCCGACAUCAGCAUGAUACUGUAUCAGCUGGAAGUGCGACCGGGGAGCAUCGUGAUCGAGUCCGGUACCGGUUCUGGCUCACUGUCGCACUACUUUCUGCGCGCCAUCCGUCCGUCGGGCCACCUGCACACAUUCGACUUCCACGAGGAGCGUGUGGCGAAGGCGCGCGAAGAGUUUGUCUCCCACGGACUGGGCGAUAAUGUUACCGUGCGACAGAGAGAUGUGUGCGAACGGGGAUUCGGCGACGAGCUAAACGGUGUAGCUGAUGCCGUGUUUCUGGAUCUCCCGGCACCACAGCUUGCCGUGCCACAUGCGGCAAAAGCACUGAAAAAUGAAGGUGGUCGUAUUUGUUCAUUUUCGCCCUGCAUCGAACAAUCGAUGCGAGUCUGCGAAGAGCUAGGCAAGUGUGGCUUUAUCGAGGUGCAGAAUAUAGAGGUGCUCCAGAUAGAGGAUAUCGUACGCACACGCAAUGUUCCCGUAAUGGAACUAGAUUUCGUCAAAACAAAGCGUAUGGAGACGGACAAGGACACAAAAACGCCACGGGAAAGCAAGAAAUACAUAACCUCAUCCGCCCCAAACACGAUGGCCGGUCACACUGGGUAUUUGACGAUCGCCGAGCUACCACCGCUCUUUGCCCGGUAAC